AUGCGGGCUGGUUGUGGGCACUCACAUAGCAAGCGGACUGACGCCAAGAAAAGGCAGAGCAAACAGAGCGGGAGGACCGGCUCCAUUGCCCCUAUCGGAGCCCCGACCCCAUCCGGCCUGGACCACCAAGCUGGCCUCCCCGAGAGAAACCUGAGGUCCCUGGCCUGGAGACACUGGCAUCCUGGCCACUCCGCCAAUUUUUGCACUCCCAGACCAUUUGCCUCUGAGGACACCCUUGCAAAACACACACAGACAUACAUUCGACCCCGAGGUCUCCACUUCAGGCCUACGCACCGCACCGUGUCCCCACAAAUUGGCUCCCCGGAGCAGACCACAGCCCACCCCAGCUUCCGCGCCGGCCCCCCAGGCACAGGAGUCUCCCCAGCCCGACCCUCCGCGCAGCGUGUGUGGGGUCUCGAAGCCCAGAUGGGGGCCCAUGGUCGCUGCCCCCAUGACCUUCCUGAACCCGAAGCUACAGGCUGGAGAGAGGGGCUUGCGGACGUGCCCCCACCCGGCCCCGGAGUCAGGUUUCAGUGGGGCGUCAGCCGACAUCCCUGGACGGCAAACCUCCGUGCCUUCCUCCACUCGCGGAGCCCAGCAGCCCCCGCCCAGAACUCACCUCCGCCCUCCCGACAGCUCGACCCGCGUCCAGCCGCCUCGAUCCCGGCCCGCAGCCGGUGGCCGUGCCCGCCGCGGCGGCCGCAGCCCUCGACGUGCGCCCGGCCCCGCGGCCUCCGGCUCGCUGGAGCCCGCCCGCCGCCCCCUCCCCCAGGCCGGAUGGCCGCGCCGGCUGCGCCGCCGGGUGGGCCCGUGCUCGCAGCCCAGAUGUGCGAGGCCGGGGCGGGGCCUGCCUGCGCGGGCCUCCGCGAGGGGCCCAGCCCGGCCCCGCGUCCAGGGCCCCUCCCUGCGCCCCUCCUGCGCCUCGCGGCCCGGCGCCUCCCCCACUCCGCCGGCCGCCCGGGGGCUGGGGAAGGGGGAAGGGGAGGGAGGGAGAGAGGAAUUCCAGACCCCUCGUCGGCCUCCUGCGGCCUGGCAGCGGAGGGGCUCCCCCCGUCCCGCCCCAGCAGGACCACCUUGGGGCGCAGCCUAGGCCGGCCCAUCUGCGAGGGCUCAGCCGCUGAGCAUGGAGGGCACUGCCCCAGACCCCUCCGUCCCCUCUCCCAGACCCCUCCCCUCUCCCACCCCUGCCUCUGCAGUUCCCCCAGCCCGAUCUCCAAGCUGCAGGAGGCUGGUGAUGGGAGCAUGGGACGUGAGCACCUGGUGGUGCCCCCAGCUGGUUGCCCAGCCCUGCCUGCCCGUUCCAAGAGAUGGGAGUGGGCGGCCUCUGGGACAGAGACCUCCAGAGUGUUCCUCUCUCAGAUUCCUGAGGUGUGA